AUGGAUCCAGCAGCUCCAGGCCCUCUGGACCCUAGUGUCCUUACGAUGCAGGCGAGUCACAGGAGCAGUGUGCUAUGGGAUGUACAGGUGUCCGAUACGGAAACCAUAUACACCAGGCAUCCCGAUUCAGCUCCAUGGGCGAUUGACGCACGGAUCGUCCCGUACCUUCAGCUUGCGAGAUUGCAUGACUUCCACCUGAUCGCGUACGGGAGAGUCGAUCGGGCGCUGCUCACGGCUUUAGUCGAGCGGUGGCGCCAGGAGACUCAUACCUUCCACCUACCUAUAGGUGAGGCUACCGUCACGUUACUUGACGUAGCUGUUCUUACACGGCUUCCCAUCGAGGGACAUGCCGUGUGCAUCGAUGUACGCCAGUUUGAAAGCUGGCAAGAUAAAGUCCAUAGAGUAUUAGGAGUGCGACCUCCGGCUGAGGUAACCAAAGGGAGUAGCCUGCGUGUAACAUGGCUUGCACAAAACUUCUCGCAACUCCCUGAAGGUGCUGAUGACGCCACCGUUGAGAGAUACGCUAGGGCGUAUCUCCUUUAUCUGAUUGGUGCUGUCUUGUUCUCCGACAAGACUGGCAACCGAGUACAACUAUUGUACUUGACGUUGCUUGAUGCGCCAUGGGAGGUCAUCUCCGGGUACAGCUGGGGUUCGGCAGCCCUAGCGUAUCUGUACAGGAGACUUUGUGAAGCUUCACAGAAGAACGUGAAGGAGAUCGCUGGUCCCCUGAUUAUUCUACAGCUUUGGGCAUGGGAGCAUGUUCUCAUUGGUCAACCGAUGAGGAGUGUGGGUCGUGGUGCAUUUGCGCCACCACUGCUUCCUCCCCCGCAUGUGCCAUAUGGAUCGCGGUGGUCCUUUGAAAGACGAUCAAGGACCCACACUGGAUCGGGCGUGGGGUUCUACCGCGAUCAGCUCGAUCUAUUACGUGCUGACCAGUUUCUAUGGGACCCUUACCCCGCUGAGGCAUACGCUGCAUUGCCUCAGCACUCGGGCAUAUUGUCAGGGGCGUGGAGAGCAUCUGUACCUCUGAUCUGCUUCGACAUGGUCGAAGUGCAUCUCCCUGAGCGCGUACUGCGCCAAUUUGGGAUGGUACAGGGCAUCCCGCCUCCAUGCGACACAGAAGCGGAGCUCCACCACUCUCGCAAGGGUCGGGAUCCCAAGAACUGGAUAGAGGUGAACUGGCGGCAUGUCGCUCGUUGGGAGCACAGGCUAGAUCUGCUUGCCCAAGGUGUGUUUGUGGGAACUGGUGUGAGUUGGCUCAAAGUAUUUUUUGAUGGUGUUCGAAUGUUGAAUGAGAAAGGGGUUGGCGUUGCACCUUGCAUUGGGAAAGCCCUACCUGAGGCUGGUCUUAGUUGGUGUUAUGAAUGA